AGUGCAGUGGCAUCGUUCGUCAUCACGAUAUCAAUUCCGGUGAGGGGGUGGAAUUAUCCCUUCCGGCAAUCUUCGAUCCCGGAAUAUGCCCCGUCUCCCUCCUCGCGUCGGUACGCUCCUCCUGCCGCCGCUGCCGCCUGGCUCGCACCGCCGAUUUGCCUCAGUCCAGAUCGUGCCUCCCUCUUCCUAGAUCGGGUCCGAAUUGGGCUACCGCGUGGCCGCCGCCCUGCGCCAGGUGCCAAGGCGUUCGCCGAUCUCUUCGCCGGCGAAGAGCGACCACCAGAAUUCUGGUGGUUCCCGUAGCUCGUGGAUGAGGAGGAGGAGGAGCUGGGCUGUGGUGAAAAGGAAAAGCUUUGAUUUCUUAGCCGCCCUGGACACCGCCGCCGCCGCAGCUGCUAAUGCCCUUGCUGGAGGGUGAAGGAUCCCAUGGUGGUUUGAUGGUCUGUGCUAUCGGGUCGUUGGUGGGCGCGCAAGAUGUAUGCCGUGGGGAAGGUGAGCAGCCUCAUCUCCCGCAGCGUGUACUCGGUCUCUGGCCCGUUCCACCCGUUCGGCGGCGCGGUCGACGUCGUCGUCGUGCAGCAGCAGGACGGCAGCUUCAAGAGCUCGCCGUGGUACGUGCGCUUUGGAAAGUUCCAGGGGGUUCUCAAGUCGAGGGAGAAGGUGGUCGACAUCUCCGUCAAUGGCGUCGAGGCGGGGUUCCACAUGUACCUCGACAGCAACGGUGAGGCCUACUUCCUCAGGAACGGGGACCCCAAUGGUGAGGAAGGGGAGUUCAUCGUCUCCCCCGCCUCGUCAGGAGAUGAGCGGGAGGUGCCGAUCCAGGAAGCACAGGCUCAGCUGAGGAAGUCGAAGAGCACUUCGUGUGAUAGCUCGACGAUGGAGGCUGACGUCGGUGAGGGCAAGAUUCUUGCGAGGACAACCUCGAGGCGGACCACCAUACUUGAAAGGAUGUUUGGUCGGAAAUCGGUUAAGAACAAUGCCCAUGCUGUGGAUAGGGUGAGCUCAUUGGAGCGAGCAGAGAUUGCUGCGGAACUCCUUGAUUCCAAGUGGUCAACAAAUCUCCCGCGGAGUUCAAAAACUAAUGGUUCAAAUGAUGAGCCUUCCAAGAGCAAUUUGGCAGAAGUUAGCAACAAUGAUCAGAUGGAAACCUCAAAACCUAUUGGUUCAAAUGAUGAACCUUCCAAGAGUAAUUUGGCAGAAGUUAGCAACAGUGAUCAGAUGGAAACCUCAAAUGGUUCAAAUGAUGAUCCUUCCAAGAGCAACUUGGCAGAAGUUAGCAAUAAUGAUCAGAUGGAAACCUCAAAACCUGUGUUUUCAGAACAUAGCUUGGAUCAUGGGAAAGAGAUGGACUCUAACUGCGACAAUGCUCCCUGCAAUUCAUGUAGCCCUCGUGGAGGAAGAAUCAGUUCAGCAGAUGAAACCGAUCAGUGUUUACAAGCCACUAUUGUGAAGAAAGAGGUGGUUGAGAUACACACGCGUGAGAGUAGCGACUUCACUGAUCAUAUCACUUCAACCACACAUCAACAUGGGUCAGAACCUUUGUCAAAUGAUCUGGGAACAGAUAAACUUACGCAUCAGUCUGUCGAUACUCAAGAUAAGUUGCUGCAUGAUGUUGAAGAUGUUGCUGGAAGGGAGACACAUACAGAGGAGGUUGAGAUACACACGCGUGAGAGUAGCGACUUCACUGACAAUAUCACUUCAAUCACACAUCAACAUGUGUCAGAAUCUUUGUCAAAUGAUCUGGGAACAGAUAAACUUCCACUCGAUACUCAAGAUGAGUUGCUGCAUGAUGUUGAAGAUGUUUCUGGAAGGGAGACCCAUACAGAGGAGGUUGAGAUACACACGUGUGAGAGUAGCGACUUCACUUCAGUCACAAAUCAACAUGGGUCAGAAUCUUUGUCAAAUGAUCUGGGAACAGAUCAGCUUACUCAUCAGUCUGGCGAUACUCAAGAUGAGUUGCUGCAUGAUGUUGAAGAUGUCGCUGGAAGGGGGACACAUACAGAGGAGGUUAUUUCCAAUGGCAUUUUUGAAAUCCAUGUUGUUGAGACAGACAUUACAAGUGGUAAGAGUGAGGUGGUUUCUGAGAUUGUUACUGUUGAUUCUGAUGGAGCUAACCAAAAUUUUACAGAUACAAAUUACCAAAAUUAUGGCACCACAGAUAUAUCAGCUGAAAGGCAUGAGGUUUCAUUGAUUCCUUCUGCACAGGAUACAGUUCAAGAGAAAAUAGUUAUCCUCAGUAGUUCUGAGACUGUGGAGGGUUCACUAGAUGCAGUUCAAGAGAAGCUAGUCAUUCUCAGCAGUUCUGAGACUGUGGAGAGCUCAUAUGCUGUGUCGUGUAUUGUGGAUGACACAGUUCAUGAUGCUUAUGAUAUUUCACAGGCUGACAGUGUACAACAUGAGGAGCACUCUGGUAUCUCUGAUGGGAGCACAGAAAAGCUAGUUUCUGAGGAAAGUUCUUUAGUAUACUGUGGUGCUCCCAGCAACAAAAAGGACUUGGUUAAUGUAUCUGUUCAAGAAUGUGAAGCUUUUAUCUUAGAAAAUCCUGCUCCCCAAAUCUUGGAAGAGAAUGGUCCAGAUAUGGAUGUAUCUACCGACAGUGUUUCCCUUUCCCAUGCAGAUGCAGCUCAUGAUUUAGCUUGUCAGCAUGUUUCUUCUAGUGUUGUAGAGACACCAAGUUAUGAGCCUGACAUUGGUCCUGAAGAUGUAACAAAGAACUCAAUUGUGGAAAAUGAAGCAUGCAGCAGGGAGCUUGUUGUUUCUGUUAUUCAGACCUCAAUGGGAGAUGGACUGACAGAAUGCAUUGCUCAGCCAGCUGUUUUUUCUAAUAAAAUAGAAGUAGAGGGCUCACCAACUGCUGUUGGAUUUUCCAGUUUGGUCAGUGUUGAAAUGCAAAACACAAAACUAGAAGAUGACACAAACAAAUCUAGUUCUGUGAUUGGAGAUGAAGUUGGUUUUGCAGCUGAGGCUACAGCUGAGCUUGAUGAAGAAGCAGAACCAGUUGUAUCAUUCUCUGAAUAUACAGAAGAAAUUCAGUUUCAAUUUAGUGAUACUGAAAAUUUUGUAGAUAGAAAGGCCACGGAUGACAUGGUGGCUAACAAAACAACUGGUGAAGUAGAACAUGACGAAUCUGAUUGUGACAUAGAGAAACGGGAAGGAGGUGAUGUAGGUCUUGCAAAUGACUUGGAGAACUGUUCUGAUUCAUUAAAGCCUGUGACUAGCCCUGUUUCUAUUCCUGCAAUUGACUUCCAGUCAGGAGAUAGUAACAUAGAGGCUAAAUCUCUACCAAAUCUCCGUUCUCAUAUACAUGAUCUUGAAAGGUCUGAUAGUUUUCAGCUAAGCCGCUCACUACAAUUACAUGCUGAAAAUAAUGGGGUUGACCCAGUCAAGAGCACAUCAAAUGCUGAAAAUGAUGGGGUUGACCCAGUCAAGAGCAUGAAUUCUGCUUUUCUUGAGCAGAAAUCAGAAGUUAUUGGUGAUUCAGAAGAAAAUAUCAGCCCACCUGAGGUUACCAGCAAUGUAGCACCUGAUGUCAAGCAUGCUGAUAACCUGAAAGUUGAUGCAUUCAUCCCUUUUGCAGAAUUAUCACUAUGCAGGCACCUGUUAUCUGAAGGCAUGGGGGAGGAUGCUGCUUGCAGUGCAUUUGAUUCUGAGAAGAUAACCUUAGAGAAGUUCCGUGACAUGAAGCAAUCGCUGAUGCGAAACAACAAACUAGUUGUUAGGAUUGCUGGCCGCUAUUUUCCCUGGGAUGCUGCUGCGCCUAUAGUGCUUGGUAUGAUUUCUUUCAGUGAGGAACAAGUUUUUGAACCCAAAGGAAUGAUAAAGGUGGAGCGAGUUGAGCAAAGUGAAGCUCCAGGUGGCAGCUGGAGAAUCUGGCCAUUUAGUUUUAGACGAACAAGGACUAUUAGUGCUAUCCAGCCAGUUUGUGAAAGUACUGUUGAGACUUCUGUAUCCACUCCUAAAGAAUCCACACCUGUUAAAGAACUAGAUAGAGAAAGGAAUAAAUCCAGGGUAAAGAGGAUUGAGAGGAAGGUGCGAUCACUCACUCCAACAUCUGAGGAGCUUGCAUCUCUUGAUCUCAGAGAGGGAAGGAACGUGGUAACAUUUACUUUCUCAACUGCAAUUGUUGGGAAACAGCAGGUUGAUUGCCACAUAUAUUUAUGGAAAUGGAAUACACGCAUUGUAAUAUCUGAUGUUGAUGGAACUAUCACCAAGUCUGAUGUUCUUGGGCAGUUCAUGCCACUAGUUGGAGUUGAUUGGUCCCAAAAUGGAGUUGCUCAUUUGUUUUCUGCAAUAAAGGAAAAUGGAUAUCAGCUUCUAUUUCUGAGUGCACGCGCUAUUUCACAAGCCCACAUUACAAGACAGUUUCUUUUCAACCUAAAGCAGGACGGCAAAGCACUUCCUGAUGGCCCUGUUGUUAUAUCUCCAGAUGGUCUCUUCCCGUCACUUUACAGAGAAGUCAUCAGAAGAGCUCCACAUGAAUUCAAGAUUUCAUGUUUAGAGGCUAUCAAAAAUUUAUUUCCACAUGACUCAAAUCCAUUUUAUGCUGGAUUUGGAAAUAGAGAUACAGAUGAGAUUAGCUACCUCAAGGUUGGUAUUCCUAUGGGCAAGAUCUUCAUAAUAAACCCCAAGGGUGAAGUUGCAGUGAAUCGACGGGUUGAUACAAAGUCAUACACAUCCUUGCAUGCUCUUGUCCAUGGGAUGUUCCCGCCAAUAUCGUCAUCGUCUGAGCAGGAGGACUACAAUGCUUGGAAUUACUGGAAGAUGCCACUGCCUGAUGUCGAUUUGUGAGGUACAAGUCAAGUCUGCACAACAAACAGCACUGCAGUAAUUUUUUGAUGCGCUGUAGUGAUCAUGAGAAGGCAGCCAUGGUGAAGGUAGCGCACCCUGAGGCCAAUUGUUGGUUGGCUACAUGUGGAUGCUCCUGAUACAAGCUCCUGCAAGAUUGAAAUUGUAUAUAUAGGAUCAUAAUAGAUGACUCACGGUCUGUAUGCUGAUGAGGCGGCAGGAGCAAUGUAGCUAUUUCUUGUGACUCCUGUUGUCGUUGUCGUUGUUGUCCUAGGACUGGAAAUCAUACCUCCAUGUCCUGUAAGUGAAGGUAUAUAAAUUACUGAAUGGAGGGAUCUGAUAGUGGAGUACAUGUUGCAAACCCCCCUGGCCCUUUUCGAUUCAUCCUUGAUGUAAUUGUGGUACUGAUGUAAUUUGUACAAGAGCAAUUUCAAUAAUGCAAUAGAAAGUCAGCUGUUCAUAUGCAGAUA